UGUGCCUGCCACGGGGGUCUCUUUGCCUCAGCCCACCACAUACACAAACACAUGCACGCUUGCAACGGCAAACAUAUGGAGUACUACUGCCUCUUUCUGCUCUGGAUUUGCAGCCAGCAGUUAGGAUUCCUUGACUGCUUCAAUAUUGACACAAAGAAACACAGGAUCAUCAAAGGCCCUAAACAAGCCCAGUUUGGAUACACUGUUCAGCAACAUGUGGCUGCUGGAGGGGAAAAAUGGUUAUUAGUAGGUGCCCCGUAUGAAAUGAAUGGCCCUUACCAGACAGGUGAUGUUUAUAAAUGUUCGCUGAGCAGACGAACCAAUGGCAAUGGUUGCUCCAAGCUCAACUUAGGAAGGAUAUCUCUGACCAACGUAUCAGAGCGAAAGGACAAGAUGAGGCUGGGAAUGACACUCACAUCUAACCCUAAAGACAACAGCUUUGUGGCCUGUGGGCCGUUAUGGUCCUAUGAGUGUGGCAGCUCUUACUACAGCACUGGCAUAUGCUCCAGAGUCAAUGCGAGCUUCAAGUUCUCCAGAACGAUUGCGCCUGCCUUUCAGAGAUGUGAGACCUAUAUGGAUAUAGUGAUUGUUCUGGAUGGAUCAAACUCCAUCUACCCCUGGUAUGAAGUGCAGGCUUUUCUCAUCAACAUUCUUCAGAAGUUCUAUAUUGGACCAGGUCAAAUACAGGUUGGAGUCGUUCAGUAUGGCGAGAAGGUGGUCCAUGAAUUCAAACUCAGCGACUACAAAUCUGUUGAGGAAGUAGUGAAAAGAGCACGCAGUAUCAACCAGCGGGGUGGAGAAGAGACUAACACAGCUCUUGGCAUUAAUAUAGCACGCUCACAAGCUUUCAAACAAGGAGGUCGGCGCGGUGCCAAAAAGGUGAUGAUAGUGAUAACAGAUGGAGAGUCACAUGACAGUGCAGAUCUCCAGCAAGCCAUCGAGGACAGUGAAAAGGACGGCAUCACCCGUUAUGCCAUUGCUGUCCUCGGCUACUACAACCGCAGAGGAAUCAAUCCUGAGGCCUUCCUCAAUGAAAUCAAGUACAUUGCCAGCGACCCAGAUGACAAACACUUCUUUAAUGUGACAGAUGAAUCAGCGCUGAAGGAUAUUGUGGAUGCACUUGGAGAACGCAUCUUCAGUUUGGAAGGAACCAGUAAGAAUGGGACAGCGUUUGGCCUCCAGAUGUCUCAGGCUGGAUUUUCCGCACACAACGUUGAGGAUGGGAUUCUGGUGGGUGCUGUUGGGGCUUAUGAUUGGAACGGAGCAGUGCUGAAAGAAACACGACAAGGGAAGGUGGUCCCUCCCAAGUCUUCCUACACACAGGAGUUCCCCGAAGAGUUAAAAAACCAUGGUGCCUACUUGGGUUAUACUGUGACCUCUGUGGUGUCAGCCAGAAAUGGUCGUUUACUCGUAGCAGGAGCUCCACGAUUUAACCACACUGGCAAGGUCAUCAUCUUUACUCUGAAGAACUCGGGCAACCUCACCAUCCUGCACUCCCUCAAAGGCCAGCAGAUUGGCUCCUACUACGGCAGUGAGAUUGCGCCUGUGGAUAUUGAUGGAGAUGGUAUAACCGACAACCUUUUGGUGGCAGCACCCAUGUUCUUCAGUGGAGGCUUGGAGAAGGGGAAGGUCUAUAUCUACAGAGUGACAGAGCUGAAUCGCUUCAUCCUUGAAGGGGCAUUAGAAAUCCAUAAUGGUGGCCAGAAUGCUCGCUUUGGCUCAUCGCUCGCUCCUGUCCCUGAUCUGAAUGGUGAUAGCUUCAAUGACUUGGUGGUGGGAGCCCCACUGGAAGAUGACCACAAAGGAGCCAUUUAUGUUUUCUUUAGCCAUCACAACAGAAUACUACGCAAAUACAAACAGAGGAUUGCAGCAGCAGACUUGGCUCCUGGCCUGCAGUACUUUGGCCGCAGUAUUCAUGGCACAAUGGACAUGAACAAUGAUGGUUCAGUGGAUCUGGCAGUAGGUUCCCUUGGUGCUGCUGUUCUCCUUUGGUCACAGAGUGUUGUCCGGAUAUAUACCACUGUCAGGUUUGAGCCCAGUAAGAUCAACAUCUUUGUGAAGGACUGUCAGAGAGGUGGCAAAGAUGUGACCUGUAUGUCAGCCAUUGUAUGUUUCAACAUCACUGCCAGGACAGCCAUUCCUCCCACACAGGAAAUUGAAUUCAAAUUUAAUGUCUCCAUUGCGGAGAGACGUUUCAAUCCCCGGGCUAUCCUGGACAACCCCAACAAGCUGCAGCCUCAAAACCUGACCCUCCUUGCAGGAGAAGAGACCUGCGAACACAUCUACUUCCAUGUAAUGGAGACCACAGACUAUGCAAGGCCCAUAGUGUUUGCUGUGCAAGUGGGGCUACAAGAUCCGGACCACGGGCCAGUUCUAGAUGACAGCUGGCCUACUGUUGUGAGGACUGAGCUGCCCUUCUGGAAUGGCUGUGACGAGGAUGAUCGCUGCAUACCUGACUUGGCACUGCAGAGUAUGACUGACCUAAUGACUCGAAGUCAGUUCUGUGCGCAGCCUGUACAGUCUCAUGGUGCUUUCUGCCGCCAUCUAAGUGAAGGAGGGACAGAGGGAUCUCUGCGAGUUCUAGAGGGAAACAGGAGGAGGAUGGUGGUGGAUGUCCGAUUGGAGAACAAAGGAGAGAAUGCCUACAAUGCUCGCCUAAACAUCACCUACACACCCAAUCUUCGCUUCUCUAGCCUCAUAGUCAAGGACAACUCUGACAUCAAAAUAGAGUGUUACAUUGAGGACAAACUGAGGAAUGAGAAGAUCUGCAAUGUCAGUGCUCCGUUCAUGAGGGCCAAAAUUCAGGUGUCAUUUCGUCUGGAGUUUGAGUUCAGUCGUACUGUCUUCCUAGAGCACGUCAGGGUUAUCCUGGAAGCCGGCAGUGAUGGCGAGGAAAUGAGCACAGCUGACAAUUUCAAUGAUAUCUAUUACUCGCUGAAAUACGAGGCAGACCUUCUCUUCACUAGGGAUUCAAAUCCGACUCGGUAUGACAUCAAAUCAGAACUGUCUCUGGAGGAGCCUGGAGUUAUCGGUCCUCCUUUCAACUUCACUUUCCAGAUUCAGAACCUUGGCUACUUUCCUGUGAAGGAUCUGCAGCUCAACAUUGAAAUCCCAGAAAUGACAAAAAAUGGGAACCAACUCCUGCAGAUAUCUGACUUCCAUAUUGACCAGAGAGAUGGUACACGUUGUUUACCGCCUCAGCAUGUGGCACAGAGCAGGUCGUCACCUGAGGACCUUUCACGCUUCUCCCGCUUGAACCAGACCAACACCUUAACUUUGCCAAUCCAAUGCACUGUCAAUGUGGCAUCCUACAGAGAAAUUGCAGUUAGAAUUAGAGGAGCAUUACGAAUAGAUACCUUACACACACUGAAGUUUAAAAUCUUGGAGCUGGCAACUAGUGCAUCAGUGGAGCUCCCUUCCUCCAGCCCCAUGUUUUUACAUGAAGAGAGGCCUGUCAGACAUAUAAUAUUGGAGAUCAGGAAGGAGGGAGAUUAUAGAAUCCCUAAUUGGAUUAUCAUUGGUAGCACGCUGGGAGGACUCUUAUUGUUAGCCCUUCUCAUUCUCGCUCUAUGGAAGGUAAACCUAUUGUCUAAUUUCUCUCUUUGUUUCACUGUUCUCCCUCCAAGCUGGGCUUCUUCCGGAGGCAGAAGCGGAGAGACGAGGACGAGCAGGAGGCAAAUGGGAAAAUGGCGGAAGAACGGUAACGCAGGCUGAGGGCCCCCAGCAGACUCCUUUUCCACAGGGGACCCGACACUCAGGGACCAACCCGCCUCCCCCUGCUUCCCAUCGCCACAGUGGCACCGUACAGACAGCUCUGCAUGACAGCUGAAGCAAGGCUUGUUCAGUGCACUGGAUUUGUCCCAAGCCACGACCCCUGACCCCCAAGAGUCAGCACUGUCACACUCACUUAGCAUUCCUGCACUGUUGCGACAUUAGGGCCUUCUUUGUCAAUGUAUUCCACUGCCCUCUAUGUCGUCCUUUCUCAGAUCUUUGAGCUCACGCUUUUCUUCGCUUCAGGCUGGAGCUCUGGUGCUUUUUCUGGCCGUUUGAAAAGAAGAAUAGAGCAAGCUUUGAUUGAUCUGUUCCAAGAAUUUCAGGCCACAGUGUGCCCCCGAGGCAAGUGUUAGCCAAUCACUCUUUUGUCUCUUCCUGAUGUAUAUUUAUUUAACUCUUGUGGUAAAUUUUGAAAUACAUGAAAAACCUCAAGGGUGACUUAACACCCAAAUGUAAAGUUACUAUACUGUAUAUUGAAUUUGAUGUUUAAAAUAUUUUAUCUGCAGCAGGUUCAGCUCACUUGCAUAAUAAUUUAUGAAGAAACAAAACUGAACUAAAGUUGCCAGAGUACAAAGAAGAUUCGUGAUGUUUAACUCACACAGACUUUUCUUGAUCUUUUUCUAAAGCAAAGAAUCUUCUAAACCUGCAUCCUCUCUUAAGAGUUCAUUCCUUUUCUUUUAAUAUUUUCAUCCUGGAAAACAUGAAGGAUGAACGACAUUUGAUGCACUUUUACUUUGUACAAAAUUAACUUGAAUUUUGUAAAUAGUCAAGUACCUUGUUAUACCCUUUCAAAUAUUAUAAUGGUUUUCAGUAUUUUCCACAUGGUUUAUGGCAUUUUUUGUAACUUAAGCCAAAUGAAACUAUUCAGCUUUGUGUUAUUGAACCUGUUACAAGACGUUGCAUGCCUUUUUACAUGCACUGCAUCAGAGCAAAAGGAUGUGCAUAAAAUACUGCAGAAACAUGGAUUUCAACAAGUAAUUCUUAUGAAGAACUGUUACUAAAUGAUAACCGGAUGCCAUAAAGAUGAGUCCAGUAAAUGCACAUUGCUUACAGUAUGUCAGCACCGUCCAGGUGUUAACAACACAUGUCAGUUUGUCCUGUUUAAUGGUGUGAAGAGCUUUUAUAGCCUAAAAAUAAAACUGUGUAUAUGUA